GAGUUCGUGUGGGACGGACGGAGAGAGUUUGUGUUGCCGAAGAAGAGGAGGAACGGUAGCAAAGGAAUAGCAGAGGGGGGAAAGAACAGACACGUUGGUGUAGGUGAAAGCAAUAGACUAUUUCCAACAUGGCAUCGGGAGACACAUUGUAUAUCGAGGCCGACGGUUCAGAAAUGCCUGCAGAGAUAGUUGAAUUGCACGAAAUUGAAGUGGAAACGAUAGAGACAACUGUGGUCGGUGGAGACGACGACGAACACCAGCCUAUGAUCGCUUUGCAGCCUCUGGACUCUGAUGAUCCGAACCAUGUUCAUCACCAUCAGGAGGUGAUAUUGGUUCAAACUCGAGAAGAGGUAGUUGGUGGGGACGACUCAGAUCUACGAGCGGACGACGAUUAUGAGGACCAAAUUCUUAUACCAGUUCCAGUCCCUGCUGCUGAAGAGGAAUAUAUCGAGCAGACCCUGGUGACUGUUGCAGGGAAAAGCUCUGUGGGCCGGAUGAAGAAGGGGGCUGGAGGCGGCGGCAAGAAAUCUGGUAAAAAGAGUUACUUGACUGCAGCUGAAGCAAGCAGUCGAAAAUGGGAGCAGAAACAAGUUCAAAUAAAGACUCUGGAAGGAGAAUUUUCCGUUACGAUGUGGGCAUCAGAUGACAAGAAGGACAUUGACCAUGAGACUGUGGUGGAGGAACAGAUCAUUGGGGAGAACUCCCCUCCAGACUACUCGGAGUACAUGACUGGGAAGAAGCUCCCACCUGGGGGUAUCCCGGGGAUUGAUCUGUCAGAUCCCAAACAGCUGGCAGAGUUUGCCAGGAUGAAGCCACGGAAAAUUAAGGAAGAUGAUGCACCGAGGACAAUAGCUUGUCCACACAAAGGCUGUACCAAAAUGUUCAGGGAUAACUCGGCGAUGCGGAAGCACUUGCACACCCACGGACCGCGCGUGCAUGUGUGUGCAGAGUGUGGCAAGGCCUUUGUGGAGAGCUCCAAACUGAAGCGGCACCAGCUUGUACAUACUGGGGAGAAGCCUUUCCAGUGCACGUUCGAGGGAUGUGGAAAGCGGUUCUCUCUGGACUUUAACCUCCGGACACAUGUACGCAUCCACACCGGGGACCGGCCCUACGUUUGCCCCUUUGACGGCUGCAACAAGAAGUUCGCCCAAUCCACUAACCUAAAGUCACACAUCCUAACACACGCCAAAGCCAAAAACAACCAGUGAGCCCUGUGUGUGGCCUAGAAAAAAACGGACCCUUUGUAUAUUGUUUCCAGGAUAUAAAAAAAAAAAAACUGUGAGAGAACACCAUGACAGACUUUUUGAUAAGUACAGAGGUGAGACUAAUAAACACUGUAGAUGACUUACUCAGCCCCUCACCUCCAGAGAAAAGUGAAGAAAGAGGAAAGCGUCACUUUUUUUUGUUUGUUUGUUUCCUUUUUAACGAACCGCCUGGUUUUGAAAGUUUCUUCUUGUGAAGAUGUGAAAGUCCGGGACCUGCGUCUACAGUGGCUGUCGUCACUGCAGCACCCAAAGAGAAGUCGGCGCUCAUGUGUAGUUUUUUCUUUUGUGCAAACCAUCUGAAAGGAAACAAUGAAUUGCUUUUUUAAAAGUCAAAAUUAUUUGUUUUAAAGUGUGCAUAUUGUACACUUAUUUUUGACCUUAUAUGUAGUCAUGUUAUGUGCGUGCGUGCGUGUGUGUGUGUGUGCGUGUGUGUGUGAUCCCCAGAGAUUUAGGAUUUUUAGAAGAAUUUGCAGUUCUUGCAGUUCUGUUUUUUUCCUGUAAAAAGGAUAUUAUUAUUAUUGUUGUUGUUAUUAUUGUUAUCAUAUAUAUAAUUUGUGGGGGGUAUCCUUUCAGGUUUCCUUUUGUAUAAUUACAGCGCACAGUUGAUUUCUCAAUCAUGUAGAUAAUAGAAAUGUGAAAUGGUGUUAAACCUAUCAAAACCCUUUUAUCUCUUAAGUUAUCCUGAUGUUAAUAGAAGAUGCAAAAAGCUUAUGUCCAUCACUGAAAAUCCUGUUCAUUUUUUUUCUUUAUUAGGAACCAACCUGAAAACAAUCUGGGGUGUCUGUUUUUGCAUAGUCAGAAUGUAUUGUACAACUUGAUUAACCCUUGUUGAUAUAAACAUCCCCCUGUACAAUGGUGACCAGUAAUAAUAAAACAGCGGUCCCCA